GACAAGACCAUUAAAAAAUGUACCCUGUUAGUAACACACUCCUCAUCCCUACCAGCUGCAUGGAGGCUGUGCAGACUGUGUUGCAGGGGAAUCUUUUCCUGACAGCACGAAGCACACUGCAACAACUCUCAGUGUACAUAGUGUGCAUCACAGAGUGGGAGUUCAGUCCAUGCUGCACUGUGAAUAACUCGCCGCUGCUCCUCAGCUGUGGGCUACAGUGCGAUGAUGUAACAGGAAGUAGUGGGUUGCCUUCCAACGUCAACCUGACAGCCGCUCCGGCUGCGCUCAUUCAGAGCCGGAGAUCCGCCGCGUCUGGUCGCUCCCUCCACGCCGAGGACCGAAGACACUUUGGGGGAUUGCCUUGACCGUGUGUGUGUGUGUGUGUGUCUGUGUGUGUGUGAGGGAGAGAGAGAGAGCUCCGGUGGAAACCUCCGCGCUGCUGUUGGAUUUUAUUCUCCGAUCUGCAGCUGGUCCAUCAUCAACCAAGUCCGAUAUGGCCAAAAGGAAGAUGGAUAUCAUCGGGCGGAGCGGGGUGGUGGCACUCAUACUGCUGUGUAAUCUAUCCAAGACUUUUGUGAAGGCGAGCCUGGAGGUGAACGAAACCCACCAGCAGAAUCUAAACAACGGCUACCACGACAUGGGGGUCACCAGGAACAAGAUCGUCACGGCGCAGUUCGAGUGCUAUCAGAAGAUAAUGAAGGACAACACCAACAACAGAGACGAGCCCAUGUGUAAUCGUACGUGGGACGGCUGGCUGUGUUGGGACGACACAAAGUCGGGAGUUGUCACAGAGCAGCACUGCCCGGACUACUUCCAGGAUUUUGAUCCUUCAGAGAUGGUUACAAAGAUCUGCACCGACAACGGUCACUGGUUCCUGCAUCCGGAGAGCAACCGCACGUGGACCAACUACACCCGCUGCAACGAGCACACCAACGAAGGCAGAAUGACGGCGAUGAAUCUGUUUUAUUUGGCGCUCAUCGGACACGGGCUGUCCCUGACCUCCCUCUUCGUCUCCCUCGGAAUAUUCUUCCACUUCAAGAGUUUAAGCUGCCAAAGGAUCACCCUCCACAAAAACCUCUUCUUUUCUUUUGUUCUGAACUCCGUGAUCACCAUCAUCUGGCUGACGGCCGUGGCAAACAACCAGGAGCUGGUGCAGAGGAAUCCAACAAGCUGUAAAGUGUCCCAGUUCAUCCAUCUGUACCUGUUUGGAUGCAAUUACUUCUGGAUGCUGUGCGAGGGGAUCUACCUGCACACUCUCAUCGUGGUGGCUGUGUUCGCUGAGAAGCAGCACCUGAUGUGGUACUACCUUUUAGGCUGGGGAUUUCCUCUCAUUCCUGCUUCCAUUCACGCUGUCGCUCGAAGUUACUACUACAACGACAACUGUUGGAUUAGCUCCAAAACGUCGCUACUCUACAUCAUUCACGGUCCCAUCUGCGCUGCUCUGCUGGUCAAUCUGUUCUUUCUCUUGAACAUCGUGCGAGUGCUCAUCACCAAGCUGAAGGUGACCCAUCAGGCGGAGUCGAGUCUCUACAUGAAAGCCGUGAGAGCCACCCUCAUCCUGGUGCCUCUUCUGGGAAUUCAGUACGUUCUGCUUCCCUACAAGCCGGAGGGACGGGUCUCCUCCGAAAUAUACGACUACAUCAUGCACAUACUGAUGCAUUACCAGGGUCUGCUGGUUGCCACCAUCUUCUGCUUUUUCAAUGGAGAAGUCCAAGCAGUCCUGAGGCGGCACUGGAACCAGUACCACAUCCAGUUCGGCAGCAGCUUAAACCACUCGGACGCCCUGCGCUCCGCCUCCUACACGGCCUCGUCCAUCACCGAGGUGCAGGGCUGCUACAGCAUCGACGGCCACUCGGAACACAUGAACGGCAAAGGCUGCCACGACGCAGACGCCGCCAUCCUAAAGUCAGACAGCCCCUUCGCCUGACACCAACACUCGCCUGACACCCCUCCCCCUUAUAAACUACAGCAUGUUUGGAGCUCCACGGGAAACUCUCUUCCUGUAGAUACAAUGUUGGAAAGGAAUGAGCGGGGAAAAGGAUUUUAUACCCAGGCUUUCACCCACAUGGAGGAUAUUGUCAGUCACGUGGACACAGGCCCCCUUUAACAGAACUGUUCGGUGAGCUCAACUCGUCCUGCGCUGUUUUUUUGUCUACAACUUGCAAGUGAACUGCUUCCGCCCGGACAAAGAUGCAUUCUGAUAAUCACUCCGUAGUUGCGAUCUCUCUGCCCGACAGAUUUUUUUUUUGUCUUUAAACGGAUGAAUAUUAACUUCCUCGACUGUCAUUUUUUUUCCCUCUAGGGGGUCUCAUGUUGUGCACAAAAAGCCUUUGGUUACACUGUAAAAAAAAAAAAAAAUUGACAUGGUUAGUGCCAAACCAAGAAAGUCCUCGCCUGCCUCAUUUAUUUUUUUAUAUUUCAGUACAGAACCAGAACGAAGAUAGGAUGUCUAACAGGUGCGUAAUAAUAUAUUAAAAACUAUAUUAUAUCUUUCACAUGUUAAACUUAAUUUAUCUGAAACAUAUUCUUGUUUAUGAAAUGAAAUAAAUACCAUACAGUAUUUAUUUAACUUGACAUGCUACUUUUUUUUGUUUCCAAAUUUAGUCAUUUAAAUACCAACAUGACUUGUUGCCAGCUUCACAAACAAGUUUCUCUGUUUUUCUUGUUUGUUUCUAUGUGUGAGGAUGAUUUACAGAUCGCGCCGAUAGCUUGCGGGCUUCGUUUUUUAAGAGAUUUGAAGUUGAAGUGAUCCUUACUGCAUCCUUUAAUUAAAACAAACAAACAAACAAACAAACAAAAACACCUGGUUGGCUGUAAUGUAACUUGUGUUAACACAGUAUUAUCACCGUGAAGCCGUCGUGAAAUUACUUGUACUCCGACAUCUUCUCAUUACACUCGAAUGUAACAGUGACGCGUAAAGACCUGGCUCUGAGCAUUACAUACAUCACAUUCCGCAUACGCUGCUGUCUUCAGCCUUACUCUUCUCAAAUUACGCAGAUUUAGCCGAUACAUAAGCAUUUCCAGGUGUUCAGACUGAAAACAGCGCUGUGUUAGAAAAUGCAGAGGGCUCCGUCGCUGUGGUCAACUGUGAGAAAGUGAAAUACGAGGCCAGUUUGAGGGAUACGUCCGUGACUUUUUGAAAAGAUCGGUUUGGAUUUUGUAAUGUCGUUUUAAUACACUACUCACAUGUGAUUGAAAGAGUUAUAGCUGACUUCAACAGUGUCGUCUGAUCAUGCUGGCUGUUAAUCCUUUUUGUAGUGCAGGUACAGAAAAAAAUGGUCUCGCAAAAAUAUGUUGUACAGGUCAGACAAAUUCAAAUAUAUUCAGCCAAAUCAAGUGAGUAUCUUCAUGCUAACUCGUUGUGUGUUUAUUAUAAAAAAGGGGGAAUUUUGUAGCAUAAAUAAAGAUUAUUCUGGUUAUUUUUUUCCCUUCCCAGUACAAUUCUGCUACAGUUCUUGUGGACUGAACUUCAUAUAUCAUUUACAUUUAUUUAUGGCCACUUGUGCAGUGAAAAAAAAAUAAAGAAACUGUUCAGUUGCAUACAGGUGUGCGAGAUGCUGCUGGGAAGCAGCAGGGCCGUGUUUCUUAUAAAUAAAUGAUGUGGUAUCAUACUGGUGCAUGGACUCAUGUAGUCGUUAGGGAUUCUAUCACUUUAGGCCGUAUCGGAACAACCCUGAAUGCUACAGCCAUGACUUGCGAAAGGAUAUCACGCUGGACAUUUUAUCUGUGGGAAAGGUGUGACCAACCAAACCAGCGAAGUUAUCAGCCAGUCAGACUUUAAGAGCAGUGUCAGCUUGGCUUUGAUUAGUCAAUGCAGGGUAUUUUCAGAUGAUGCUGGAUUGCUUUGCGUCCAGUUGAGCCCAAUUUAAAACAAUCCUGCGUUUUUAAUUUUUGCUUUUUUUUUUGGUUUUUUCGCUGGAGCCCGCUGCAACAAAAGCAAUGACCUCACUAUGAAUGAGGGAGCUGCACUUUUUUCUUACACAGUGCUCGUGUCAGUCUGAACUCAGCCUUAUUCAUGUGAUAAAAUUGUCAUGUCACUCAAGAAGCUGUGCGAAAAAAAAAAAAAAAAAAAUACUGCAAAAAAAAAAAAAAAUGUGUGAAGCAUUUAUUAUUCAGUCAUUAUUCAUCAGCCCGAACCUCCAAACUUUUUAUUUACUCUCUCUUCUGUUUUUCUGAACAUUUCAACACAUUGUCCACAAUGCUGGGAACAUGAGUCACUAUGAGCUGAUGUAAAUAUUUUUGUAAAUUUCUGGAUAAAGUGGAUAAACUG